AAACACCGUGGCACGCCUGGGACUUUGCUGCGGCACACUGAUUGCCAGGCACUGGUUUUUGGGGAUACAGGAUUAUGACUAAUUGUCUCACUUUGUAACUUCAUUUGUUUCUUUAGGCCACUGAAUGGAAUUGAGAGGAAAGCAAAUUCGUAUUCUAUUGUGGAAUGUGAUCAAGCCAGGAAAGAAUUGUCUGUAAAGUUGAAUGUCCCACUUGGAGAAAAGUCUUCAAAGAAGACCUAUACGUAUGACAUGGUCUUUGGUCCUGCAGCAAAACAAAUAGAAAUUUACAAGAGUGUGGUUUAUCCAAUUUUGGAUGAAGUUAUCUUAGGUUACAACUGCACAGUAUUUGCUUAUGGACAGACUGGUACAGGGAAAACCUUCACAAUGGAAGGGGAAAGGUCACCAAAUGACGAAUUCACCUGGGAAGAGGAUCCUCUGGCUGGGGUCAUCCCAAGGACCCUCCACCAAAUCUUUGAAAAACUCACCAGCCUUGGGGUUGAGUUUUCGGUAAAGGUCUCUCUGCUGGAAAUCUACAACGAAGAGCUUUUUGACUUGCUUAGCUCCAGCCCAGACAUCGGAGAGAGGCUUCAAAUGUUUGAUGACCCUCGCAGUAAGGGAGCAGUGCUGAUUAAGGGCUUGGAGGAGGUGACGGUCCACAACAAGGAUGAGGUCUACCACAUCCUGGAGCAUGGUGCUGCCAAGCGACGAACCGCCUCCACUCUGAUGAAUGCCUACUCCAGCCGAUCCCACUCGGUGUUUUCCAUCACCAUACACAUGAAGGAGACCAUGAUGGAUGGGGAAGAGCUUGUGAAGAUUGGCAAGCUAAAUAUGGUGGACCUUGCCGGCAGCGAGAAUAUUGGGCGCUCGGGAGCAGUGGACAAGCGUGCUCGCGAGGCCGGGAACAUCAACCAGUCUCUGCUCACCCUCGGAAGAGUGAUCACCGCACUCGUGGAGAGGACUCCACACAUUCCUUACAGGGAGUCAAAGCUGACCCGGCUCCUGCAGGACUCCCUGGGUGGUCGAACCAAAACCUCCAUCAUCGCCACCAUUUCUCCAGCGGCAGUCAACAUUGAGGAGACUCUGAGCACUCUAGAGUAUGCAGCGCGUGCCAAAAACAUCAUGAACAAGCCCGAGGUCAACCAGAAACUCACAAAAAAGGCACUCAUCAAGGAAUACACCGACGAAAUUGAACGGCUCAAGAAGGAACUUUCUUCGGCACGAGAUAAGAAUGGCGUCUACCUUCCUGUGGACAGCUAUGAAGCAAUGCAGGGCAAACUGACUGGUCAAGAACAGCUCCUCUUAGAAUCCAAUGAAAAAAUAUCCACGAUUGAAGAAGAAAUUAAAAAGGUGACAGAGCUGUUCACGGACUCCCAAAAAGAGCUGAACGAGAAGACUGCGUGCCUGGAGCAAUGCCAGAUGCAGCUUCAAGGUACUUUCCAAGACCUGAGCCAAGUUCGGAGCCAGCUGCAAGUCUCAUCCCUACUGGUCGAGGAGCACCGUAGCACAGAGGAGAAACUCUACAAGACGGCGAACCAGUUGCUACUCACAGCAGAUGAAACCACCGAGGAUCUGCAAGGCCUGCAAAUGAAGCUGCACAGGAAGACCGUCGUAGAGACUCACAAUGAAAUGGUGUCCACCAUCUUCAGCCAACAGAUUGAGCAACUUUUUACUGAGGCCAAAGGGAAGAUGCAGAAGCAGAGAGACUUACAGUGCAGCAUAGUCGACUCUUACACUGCUUCUUUGGACGACGUCGUGAAGGCCGGCUCGCACACUCUGCAGGGGGUGUUGGAGGAGGUAGAGGGCUCGGUGACCUCCCUCAAAGAGUUCAUGCAGGCUCGACUCGCACAGUUUGUCCAGACGCUUCAUGAGCAGAAGGAGAUCAGUAAGAGUGGCGGUUCCCAAUUGGACCACACUCUCAAACGUUACGUGGAGGAUGUUGAUGAAAUGAUGCAGAACACGUUGCUUCCCACUUUCACAUCGUUACAUGAACUCAACAUGCACAAUAAGAAGGUUUUUCAAAAUUUGCAAACAACUACAGCAAAGGCUGAAGGGGUUAAAGACACAUUGAGAACGUUUACGUCCAACCUUGUUGGAAUUCUAGAGAAACUUCGUCUUGACGCCGAUUCAUCAAUCAAGCGGCUGGCAGAGGAGAAUUCUCUUUUGAAACAGCAACUGAAACUUCAAAGAAAACAGCAAGCACAGGAAAUUCGGAAUGUGAUGCAAACUCUUAAUGCAGAGCUGACCUCUUUGGAUAGUCAAGCAGAGGAUGGAGUUGCCAGCAUGUUGCACUGUGCGGACAAUGUUGACACAAUCCUGGGAAACCUCCACAACACUAUAAGGAGUGAUUUGCAGAAUGGAGCUGACUUGACAAAGGUGUGUGGGACAAGCAUGAUUGACAGCUUGAGUGGUGUGCAUGGGGAGAUGCAUGAUAUGAGUAAGGCAGGCACAGCGCAGUCUGACUUGGCUGCAGAAAAGCAACUAUCCCUGUGUGCCGAGUUGAACCGGCUCCAUGCCUCAUCGCACAACUCCUACGACCAUCAGCAACGUCAGCUGCAACAAGUGAUGUCGCAUCAAGAGACGUCCUUCCAGGAAAACAAGAAUGCCUGGGAAGCCUCACAAAAGGAUUUAGGAACUAGAAUGGAUGCAGUUAGAGGAGCGUGGAGCUGCCAUUUGCAGAAACACGAGUUGCAGCUGCGGACCGCAAUCGUGAAUCUGCAGAGGCAAAUGGAAGGUGAUCGGGAGGCUGUGAGCCAGCUCUCGAGAGUCCUGGAGGAGAAUAGCAACACAUGCCUCCAGACGAUCAAACAAUUCUUCCAUGAUGACUUCAAGAAGGACAUUCCUACAGGCACAACUCCCCAGCGUAAGGAGUACCGGUACCCACGGGUUCUGCAGCGAACGGAACCGCACGAUGUGCUGGUUGAGAAGUUCCAGCAGCAGGUGGACACGUUUCAUCGUGGAGAACCACUCCCAGCUCAAGAAAUACGCAUUGACAAUGUAGAAGAAAGUGAUAGUUUUGAGGAAGAGUCAACGGAGAAGUCCGAUAUCGAUGAAGAUGUUCCUUCCGAAGACUCCUCUGGUCUUCCAUUCUUUCAGAGAGCAUCCAGAAACAAGAAGGACAAGGAGACCAAGAAGGACAAGGAGAACAAGGCAUUCUCCUCCUGCACGCCGAGCCUCCAGAACAAGAGCGACGGCUGCAACGACGUCGCGGAGACGGCCACGUUCAAGUCUAAAAUCCCUCUGCAAAUCCAUAACAACUAGUGGCCAUAGGCUCACUCUGGAGUACAAUCACAGGAUUGGUUUGUCAGUAUAUGUUACAUUUUGUAUCGUUACAUAUUAACUGAACGUAACAUGGUGUAGUGUUGGCAUUUGAAAAGUUUUUUUAACAAUACCUUUAAUACCUUCCUAUGUUU